AUGGGUGGCCGACAUAGCCCAUACUCUGUGCCCACUGGGCCCAAAAACCAACAGAACGGUGGCGCUCGAAACCACAACAACAACAAUGGCAAUGGUAAUGGCCACAACAACCGACAGCACAACAAAACUGAUGGCAUUGGUUAUGGCAAUGGUUACGGCACUGGUUAUGGCAGCGACAACCAAUACCAGAACCACAACAAGUAUAACAACUUCAAUGACCAUGCUCACAACUACGGCCACGGGAAUGGGAGCAUUAACGGCAACCUCAACCGCAAUGCCUACCCCAACUCCAACUACCACGGGAAGCACUUCAACCCCAACUACAAAGGGAAGAACUUCAUCCCGAACUUCCACGGUCGUCAAUCCUCUACUGCAGACUCUCGCAACGCCGACUUCAAUUCUAACUUCCAACGCCCCCACGGAGGAUCCGUCCUUGGCGUUCAUGGAGGAAGAGUUGCAGAUGCUCGCAGCGGAGAUCGGGGCAAUCAACUCGAUGGAGCCAAUCCACCCCCGAAAGGCCCAAGGAACAACCGUCGCCGCAAUCGUAACAACGCAUACUUGUCUCUGCCUGCUAAAUUCAAUGAGGCACUUAGCGACGCUGACAUCUUCAUGCCCGAGGCACCAUCUGAUGAACCAAACGAUAUCGAGAUGCCUGACGCUCCCCCUCUCCUUGUGGACCCAGUAAGUGAAUUUUACCAGGCUGCAAGCAUGCUCAAAGAGGAAAUCCUGACUUUCUUGCAGAGGAUCGAGGCUUUCAACGCCGGUGCCCAAAUGUUACAGCAGACUGUUAGUUAUCCCAUUGCGUCAAAUACCUUCAACCCCCUCAACCCUUUCCCUUUCAUCCUCAACCCCCCCAAUCCAUUCCACGAAGCAUGGAGUGACUAUCAUCGGUUCGCAUACUGA